AGUCUUUUACUUUCAUUUUUAGUCUCAAAGAAGAAGUUGAAGGUUUUUGGACAUGGCGAAGAGGCCAAGCAUGGGGAGACAAAAGAUCAAGAUUGAGAAAAUAGAGAUCAAGAACCACCUUCAAGUCACCUUCUCCAAACGCCGUUCUGGGCUGUUCAAGAAAGCCAGCGAGCUCUGCAUUCUGUGCGGCGUGGAGGUGGCGAUCAUCGUCUUUUCGCCGGCCGGAAAAGUGUUCUCCUUCGGCCACCCAAACGUGGACCCCAUCAUCGACCGGUUCCUAUCCCGGAACCACCACCACCCUGCCGCCGCCACCAGCAACGCCAACGCCAACGCCACCCUCCACCUGGUGGAGGCGCACCGGAGCGCCGCCGUGCGCGAGAUGAACCUCCAGCUGACCCAGAUGACGGCGGAGUCGGAGAUCGAGAGGAAGCGAGGAGAGGCGCUGGAUCUGAUGCGGAAGGAGAGCCGGAGCCGGUGCUGGUGGGAAGCUCCGGUCAGCGAGCUCCGGUUGCCGGAGCUCGAGCAGCUCAGAGACGCCAUGGAUGAGCUCAAGAAAAACGUUGCCGCCCAGGCGGAGAGUAUCAUGGCGGAGGCUGUCAAUACUUCUACGUUUCUUGCUAUGAACGGGACGGCGGCGGCCGCCGGAAUAUUCGAUCCGCCGGAGACAAAACCGCCGCAGAGAAUUAUGGCUAACAAUACUCAUAAUCAUCAUCAUGCACUGCAUGACUUUGGAUAUGAUCUUGCGUUUUCCUGAGCUGCUCGAUCGAUUGAUUUCAUGGGUUGAUGACAUUGGGUGUUAUUGGCCGUUGGAUCAAAUUUGUUCCUGGAAUCCUGGUUUAUUCAUAGACAGAAUAAGUCUAUAUAAUAAAUAUUCCUUUAAUUUAACGGAAUAAAGUAAAUAUUUUUAAUAAUUAUUAUUUUUAUGUUCUAGAAAUAUUCAUAGUGGACUAGGAAAGGACGUAAUGAUUGGGUAUGAGAGGCAUAAUGGAUGGAAAAC